AUGUGUAAAAUAUUCCUGUUCACAGAUCACACCAUCCAGUCUGUUUUCUGCUGCUGUUGCUGCUGCUGCACAGUGCAAAAAAGAGCCAUGAGAAUGAACGUGGACCCAGAUACCGGCCUGGUGACCAAGUACUCGGCCUCACAGAAAGAAGUUGCCUACACAUCUACUCGGAAGUACUGGAGGCGGGCAGUCCAACAGUUUAAGAAGAAGGCGUUACCUCCUUUACCCCCUGAAGCCUUGGAAGACUAUGCAGAAAAAAUCAAAGUUAUUGCACUAUAUGAUUUUUUUGCUAGAGGACCCUCUGAUUUAACACUCAGGAAGUCAGAAGAAUACAUCAUCCUUGAAAAGUAUGACCCCCAUUGGUGGAAGGCAAGAGACCAGUAUGGGAAUGAAGGUCUAAUUCCCAGCAAUUACGUAACUGAGAACAGGCAAAACAAUUUAGAAACCUACGACUGGUACUGCAAAAAUGUAAACCGGAGCCAGGCAGAGCUUCUSUUAAGGCAGAAGUCCAAAGAAGGAGCAUUUGUGGUCAGAGAUUCAAGCCACCGGGGGCUUCUCACACUGUCUGUGUAUUCGCGGUCUAAAGAAAAUCAUAGAGGAGGCAUUCGACAUUACCAAAUUAAGAAAAACCACUUGGAACAGUAUUAUGUGGCAGAAAAAUAUCUCUUCUCAUCUAUUCCUGAACUCAUCCAAUAUCACCAACAGAAUGCUGCAGGUCUUAUCACUCGUCUCCGGCAUCCARUUGGAUCAAUGGGAUGUUCCUCACCAGCAACAGCGGGGUUUCGUUAUGAGGAGUGGGAAUUAAACCCCUCUGAGCUGACGUUCAUGAAGGAGCUUGGACGUGGGCAGUUUGGAGUAGUUCAGCUGGGUAAAUGGAAAGCAACUGUCAAGGUUGCCAUCAAAAUGAUCCAUGAAGGUGCAAUGUCUGAAGAUGAUUUCAUUGAGGAGGCCAAAGUGAUGAUGCACCUCUGCCACCCAAAGCUGGUGCAGCUUUACGGGGUGUGCACCUACCACAGGCCUCUCUACGUAGUGACCGAGUUCAUGGAGAACGGCUGCCUCCUCAACUACCUGCGGCAAAGGCGAGGGAAGCUCAGCAGAGACGUCCUGCUAGGCAUGUGCCAGGACGUGUGCGAAGGAAUGCAGUACCUAGAAAGAAACAAGUUUAUCCACCGGGAUUUGGCUGCAAGGAACUGCUUAGUCAACGCGAAUCAYGUUGUUAAAGUGUCUGACUUUGGGAUGGCAAGGUAUGUCAUUGAUGAUGAAUAUAUCAGCUCUUCAGGUGCCAAGUUUCCAAUCAAGUGGUCAUCUCCUGAGGUCUUUCAUUUUAAAAAAUAUAGCAGCAAAUCAGAUGUCUGGUCAUUUGGUGUACUGAUGUGGGAAGUCUUCACAGAAGGCAAAAUGCCUUUUGAAAGUAAAUCAAAUUCUGAAGUUGUCCGUGAGAUUUCUGAGGGUAACCGACUUUAUCGACCAUAUCUGGCACCAUAUACUGUGUACAAAGUCAUGUACAGCUGCUGGCAUGAGAAACCCGAUGGACGUCCUACUUUUGCAGAGCUACUAGAGACCCUAACAAAUAUAACAGAGAUGGGAUAGUCAGGUUUUCACACACCUUUUUUUGCCGAAAUAUUAGCAUUAAGACUCAAUAAUGUAGUUGAUACAAAAAGCUCAUUUCUUUACAGUCUUCUUUACUUAUAUCACAGUGUCUGCACCCUAAGUAUUGAAGCAACUGUWCAGAUUUGGCCUAAUUUUGUUUUAGUCAUUUGAGUACGUAUCUCAGGAAAUUUGGUUUUGGACUAGGAAACCAUUUGUUUUCAGGGAGAAAAGUCUUCUGUCUGAAAAGUAGUASCUAAACUUUCUUGCCCUGUAGGCCUUUUCAUUUAUUUUUUUCUUCCAAACAAGAGUGUCACUAAUUUCUGUAACAAUAUUAAUAAGAAAUGAUUUGUUGCUUAAUACAGUUUCAUGGACUGGGGAAUACAGAUGGGUGACAGCUAAUGUGAUGCAGGAAACUCUGCUGAAGCUCUAAGUAGGUCGAGUUUAAGGACGAGACCUUUUGCACUGCGAGGCAGGCGAUGCUGAAGCAAAGCACCAGUAUUUCAGCAGCAGCGAUGGUGCUGCUGAGCUCACCCACUGACCACUGCAGCAGCACCCCAUGUUUGCUCGUCCGUAACCCAGAUUUAGGUU